AUGGAUCCCAUGGCCAGCAGCUGCAUGCGGAGCGCCCACCCCCCGGCCCCCGUCUGGGGCUGCCUCCGCAACCCCCACGUGGAAGGCGGCGGGACCUCAGGACUCCCCCACUACCCGCCAACCCCCUUCUCCUUCCACCAGAAACCAGAUUUCCCAGCGGCGGCGACAGCAGCGUACCCUGACUUCUCGGCCUCCUGCCUCGCGGCCACCCCACACAGCUUACCCCAGGAGGAGCACCUCUUUGCUGAGCAGCACCCAGCCUUCCCGCAGCACUUCCCCGUUUCUGAGGCCCCACGCAAGCUCCCCCCAGGUCCUACUGGCGGCUCCCGGGACAUGGGGGCCAGCAGCCCCAGCCUGGUAGACGCCAUGGGAGCCGCUGGUGAGGACUACGAGGGCCCUGGGAGCACUAGCAGUGAGACGGAGAAGAAGGCAACCAGGAGGAAGAAGGAGAGUUCAGACAACCAGGAGCCCCGAGGGAAGCCGGAGGGUGGCAGCAAGGCCCGCAAGGAGAGGACGGCCUUCACCAAGGAGCAGCUGCGGGAGCUGGAGGCCGAGUUCGCUCAUCACAACUACCUGACCCGGCUCCGGAGAUACGAGAUCGCCGUCAACCUGGAUCUCUCUGAGCGGCAGGUCAAAGUGUGGUUCCAGAACCGAAGGAUGAAGUGGAAGCGCGUGAAGGGGGGUCAGCCUGUCUCCCCCCAUGAGCAAGACCCCGAGGACGGGGACUCCGCGGCCUCUCCAAGUUCAGAGUGAGAUUCUCCACAGAGGAAAAAACAGACGAGGACUGCACCCCUCCAGCCCCUCCCCUCCCCCCAACCCCUCUCCCUCUUCUCCCGCCUCCUCAGAGCAGCCUCUCUACAUCUUGAAAUGACUCUUGACGAUGAACUUGCCAGUGUUUCCGGGAGCCCAGAAGGUUCCUUCUAGCAUUGCUCCUCGAAGCCACUUUGCUUCCCACAGCUCUCGUGGAGUCAGAUCUCUGCCCAGUGGAGACCCCACUUCUCUGCAAAUCCUUGCCAUCACCCACACCUCCUUCCCUUCAUCCUCCGCAAUGACACCACUGCCAGCAGAAGAAGGAUCUGGGGGUCACCCCCAGGCACGUGCCCCCAGAGAGAGGAGACACGCAGCCUGGCAGCCAGAGAUUGUCUUUUCGGUGACUUCCAGGUCUCUCGGUUGCCCCCUAACCCCAGUGUACCAAUAGUGCAAGGAGGAUGGAGAAUAGAAGCUCGGCCCCUGCAAAUGAGAAACCAGCCCUUGUCUCAGCCUUUGGCGGCUGUUACAUAGCAAGUUCUGGACAGACAUUGACCAGAAGAGGACAUUCUGACCAACGGUAGCAACGGGGGCCCCUGCUUCCUCCAUAUCAGUUCAGGGAUAUCGCUGAUGAACUGCACCCCCAAGCUCCCCGGAUGUCCCCAUGAUUGAGACAAA